CAGUGUUAUUCAAGUCCAAGCAAAUGAACUCUGAAGAGAGUUAUUUAUCUUGGUAGGCCCCUGUGCUUCUGCCCAGGUAAACCCGUGGAUCAAUUAAUAGUUUGCUCUGCCGGGCCGAUUUUCCAUGUGCUUCUGCUGGUUACACCGUGGUGGAUGCCUGCCGUGUUGCUGCUUGGAGUAUUUUACAGAAACGGUUCGAUACUGCCAACAGCAGAAGUAUGUGAAGUUGGAAGAGGUUGAUGGGCGGUUUGAGUUUAUGCAGUUUCAUGAAAAAGUCAUCGAGAGAUUUUGCCUGCCACCUGAUGCAAAAGUAGUGUACAAAGAUGCAACAGGGACAGAAGUUGAUGAAGUGAUUUUCAGUGACCUUAUCAGCCAAGGCACUGUGGUCCUAACAGUUUUCUCAAGUGAUGAAUUUUCUGAUUGCUCCUUGUCUUCUGCAUCUGAUUGUUCUGACUCAAGCUUCAGCUCAAAUGCAAGUACAUCAACUAUACUUCUAGAUGAGGGUCCCAGGAAGAAAACAAGAGUUGAGGGUACUGUUGAUGCAGCAUCUGCUAAAAAGUUAAUUGAAGGUGUACUUGGAACCAAUUCAGGUGGUGAAGAGGUUCUCCAGGAAUAUCACACAACACAAACUCUAACAGAUGCUACCAGAAGAAAAAUGGUCAAUAUAAUAGUGGCUCACAUGAUUGAUUGCCAUGGGCACCUCCCCACCAAAGCUGUUAGAGAACAGUACGCGCUAGGGGUAGUGACAUUGUUCCCAUCCCUGAAAGACCCAUACUCCAAGAAAGGCUAUGAACACUUCUAUGAUGCUGCAAGCAGCACUGGAUACAUUUCUUGGCGUCUGAAAACGAUACAGAGAAAGACUAGACGAGGAUCUGCACCACCAAGUAGCUCCACUGGCUUUGCUCAAGAAGGAGGUAAGAAAUUAAGUGUCCACAAACUAGAUAAUGUUCUCAUUUACAUUAUAUCCUAUUUUGUUUUCAUUUACCUAUCUGCUCAGGGCCCAAAUUCCCAAAGGCCCAUUAAUGUCGACAUGCAGCUUGAUGGAGAUGCUUGCCAGGAGGCCAUCUCUUUGCUGAACCAUACAUCCGACACUUCCUUGAUUUUCCAGAAGAUGAGAGAGACCUUUCAGCAUCGUCAGAAGCUCAUCAAUGAUCCUGACAAAAGUCUUGAUAUCCUGUCUAUCUUCCCAAGAUUCUUGGAUACAAAAGGAUUGGUGAAUCAAGACUUCACUCUCCUGUUUGAUGAUGAGAUAUCUACCAGGCUGCUUCAGAAAUGGGAUCCAAUCUUUAGGUAUCAAAUCAUCAAAGAGGCCAAGCAGCUCACCUCAACAGUAGAGUUGCGUCAAUUGGUGCAGUCAGCAGAGAGUCUACCAGGAAGUGAUCUUGAUGAGGCAGCAACCUUUGACCAAGACAUGGCCUCCCUGUUGUUACUGUUACAUCUCCUUCCGCCACCUCCAGGAGGACCAAAG